AUGGCAUUUGAUUGGAUCCGGGAGUAUCAUGACCCUCUCACAGUUCAAAUUGAUCUGCUGGCUCUUCUGGCUGAGCUGGCUCUGGCUCAGCUGGCUCUUCUGGUUACCCCACGUUGGGCUUGGGGCUCGUGCAUUUCCCCGGAUCGGAUCCAAUGGGGACCUCGGGAGAUGAUCUCGAUCCAGCAGAAAAAGUAG